AUGUCCCCUUCUGCUAUCAGCAACUCCCCAGAGCAGCGACCUGCAAACAACGGCACCACCCCCGACAACUUCGCCAUCCAGCCUCCCGCCGACUUCACCGGCUAUGACCACGUAACGUGGUGGGUUGGCAACGCCAAGCAGGCGGCCGCUUAUUACACUUCCCUCUUCGGCUUUGAGACCACGGCGUAUCGUGGCCUCGAGACCGGAAGCCGGUAUUUCGCUUCGUAUGUCGUCUGCAACAAUGGCGUCCGCUUCGUCUUCACCUCGCCCCUGCGGUCGGAGGCUCACCUCCCCGAAGAUGAGACCAUCUCCGAUUCCGAGCGGAAGCUCCUGAAGGAGAUUCACGCUCACCUCGAGAGACACGGCGAUGCCGUCAAGGACGUUGCCUUUGAGGUGGACAACGUCGAGGCCGUCUACAACAAGGCCGUGGCCGAGGGCGCCAUCGCCGUCCAGGGCCCGACAUCCACCAAGGAUGAGCACGGCUCCGUCACCACGGCCGUCAUCUGCACCUACGGCGACACCACCCACACUCUCAUCAACCGCCGGGGCUAUACGGGACCUUUCCUGCCCGGCUUCCGCGCCGGCAAGGAGCGCACCUCGUCCGUGGCGAUGCCCAACGUGCCCCUUGCCCGCAUCGACCACUGCGUCGGCAACCAGUCGUGGAACGAAAUGGUCUCGGCCUGCGCCUUUUACGAGCAGUGCCUGUCCUUCCACCGCUUCUGGUCCGUCGACGACUCCCAGAUCUGCACCGAGUUCUCGGCCCUCAACUCCAUCGUCAUGGCCUCGCCCAACAACCUCGUCAAGAUGCCCAUCAACGAGCCCGCCCCCGGCAAGAAGAAGUCCCAGAUCGAGGAGUACGUCAUCUUCAACUCCGGUCCGGGCGUCCAGCACAUCGCCCUCCUCACCCAGGACAUCAUCACCUCCGUCUCGGCCCUCCGCGCCCGCGGCGUCGAGUUCAUCAACGUGCCCACCACGUACUACGACACCAUGCGCCAGCGCCUCAAGACCGAGAAGCGCAACUGGCAGCUCAAGGAGGACCUGGACACCAUCCAGCGCCUCAACAUCCUCAUCGACUACGACGAGGCCGGUUAUCUCCUGCAGCUCUUCACCAAGCCGCUCAUGGACCGCCCCACCGUCUUCAUUGAGAUUAUCCAGCGAAACAACUUUGAGGGCUUCGGCGCCGGCAACUUCAAGAGCUUGUUCGAGGCCAUUGAGCGCGAGCAGGCCGAGCGAGGAAACUUGUAA